AUGGAAGACGAAAUCGCCGCCCUCGUUGUUGACAACGGCUCCGGUAUGUGCAAAGCUGGCUUUGCAGGAGAUGAUGCUCCCCGUGCUGUGUUCCCCUCCAUUGUUGGGCGUCCCAGACAUCAGGGUGUGAUGGUUGGUAUGGGCCAGAAGGACAGCUAUGUUGGUGAUGAAGCCCAGAGCAAAAGAGGUAUCCUAACUCUGAAGUAUCCCAUUGAGCACGGUAUCGUGACCAACUGGGACGACAUGGAGAAGAUCUGGCAUCACACCUUCUACAAUGAGCUGAGAGUUGCCCCAGAGGAGCACCCAGUCCUGCUCACAGAGGCGCCCCUGAACCCCAAGGCCAACAGAGAAAAGAUGACCCAGAUCAUGUUCGAGACCUUCAACACCCCUGCCAUGUAUGUGGCCAUCCAGGCUGUGCUGUCCCUGUACGCCUCUGGUCGUACCACUGGUAUCGUCAUGGACUCUGGUGAUGGUGUGACCCACACAGUGCCCAUCUAUGAAGGCUACGCCCUGCCCCACGCCAUCCUCAGGCUGGAUCUGGCUGGCAGAGACCUCACGGACUACCUCAUGAAGAUCCUGACUGAGAGGGGCUACAGCUUCACCACCACAGCUGAGCGUGAAAUUGUGCGUGACAUCAAGGAGAAGCUUUGCUACGUUGCACUGGACUUUGAGCAAGAAAUGGGCACUGCUGCCUCCUCCUCUUCCCUGGAGAAGAGCUACGAGCUGCCCGACGGACAGGUCAUCACCAUCGGAAACGAGAGGUUCCGUUGCCCUGAGGCCCUCUUCCAGCCCUCUUUCCUUGGAAUGGAGUCUUGCGGUAUCCAUGAAACUACCUUCAACAGCAUCAUGAAGUGUGACGUCGACAUCCGUAAGGACCUGUACGCCAACACUGUGAUGUCUGGAGGUACCACCAUGUACCCUGGCAUCGCUGACCGUAUGCAGAAGGAAAUCACUGCCCUGGCACCCACCACCAUGAAGAUCAAGAUCAUUGCUCCCCCAGAGAGGAAGUACUCUGUAUGGAUCGGUGGCUCCAUCCUGGCCUCCCUGUCCACUUUCCAGCAGAUGUGGAUCAGCAAGCAGGAGUACGAUGAGUCCGGCCCCAGCAUUGUCCACAGGAAGUGCUUCUAAACAGACUUGUCAGUCCCCUCCCCAAAACACACACUGCUACAAACCCAAACGACUGGCUCUGCAUACACUCCUGCACCAACACACUGGUGUGUGCUGAGCCCACAACACUCUCUUCCAGUUUUUCCCUCAUCACUAUGGCUAUGACACCAAGCCCCCUGAUGGGGAGAAACUCUGCAGGAAGUUCAGAGCGUCCCAUGCGGUGUGAAUGUGUGGAACAUGAUGUCCAUUCUUGUGUUUGUGUAUGUCAUUCCAGAUGUGUUUGUUCACCACCUUAUUUGCCUCUAUGAAGGUUUCUUCUCUGGUGGGGCUCACUGCCCAACAGACCUGUAGUAUUGCUUAUGUAAAUUAUGCGAUCUUUUGUUUUUGUACUUUCAGCCUUAAACAAUACUUGGUCCAGUUUGUUUUUGUCAUUAUGCAAAAGACAAAGCUUCUACCUUGUAUGAAGGUUUGUGCAAGCCUCUGUUGUACACAACAACCCAAUAAAUCGCACAUGUCUGAAAUUC